AUGGCGCAGAGUGCAAUUGAUUUGGGAAUUGUGAUUCUGCGCAAGGCGAGCGGCCUCGUUCGCUUUCAGGCGCAAUCUCCGAAGACCCAGAUGCUGGAGGGCAAAUGCAGCACCCGCGUGGUUCUCCUCGUCUCAGAGAUCUGUCAGCCGUUUGAGUCAGUCCCCGACGACGACGGCGAAGGAGAUGGGCAGAGCUUCACCACGCGCUUGAGCACCAAAAUCCAGGAGUUGAACACCGAAAUUGAAGCGCACCAGAAGACAAAGGACAAGAUAGAUGCAGACAAGAAAAAAGCGGCCGCCGCGGAGGAGUUUCUCCAAGCUCAGAAGUUGAAAGAUCAAGCGAGGAAGAAUGACAAGAGCCUCGCCACUCUGCAGGGGGAACGUGACAGGCUUCUCCAACAACGAGAUACUGUUUGCCUUCGGGUGCUCUCCAUCGUGAGCUCGCUCCUUCGGUGGUCGAACUCCGACCUGCGGAAGGAUCCUGCUCUCAUGGGUGCCCUGCACCAAAUCCUCCUGCCGAUGAUCGCCUUGCCUGCACUUUCCAAGGUGGCUUCUGUCCAAGGAUGGAAGUUUGAUUUCCGCUGGGCGGUUGUCGGUGAGGAAGGCCGAGGCGAGGCGGCCCGGCGUCGUUUCACGGGCCAGGCCGUCCUCAAGGCCAUCCAGGAGCUGUACGCUCCUGGGGGCGGCUCUCGAAGAGCCGCGGAUGCUUUUCUCACAGAAUUCGGCAAGAGCGAUGAUGUGGUGCUCCCUGUGAGCUUCGAGUUGCUCCGUGGCCACCUAUCGGGACAGACGCUGCCGGUGGAGGCUCAGCUUCUCCUGGCCACGGCGACCUGGCGCAGGACUCGCCGGCGGCCGCUUCACACCGGUCCUAGCGGCGAGGAGAUCUUUUCUUUUGCCGCUGCUCUGCUCCCUUCGGCUCCGGCUGCAGCUGAUCGAGUUGCACGCAGUGCCGUGGCGGCGUGGCUUCAUGAAGCUCGGUUCCCCUUGCAGGAGCUGCUUGCACAACUGGGCUCUGAGAGUUCCGAGCUGAUCCUGAUAGCGCUGGAAGCCCUCCCUGAGGAAGCAAAUGCCAAGGAGACCAAGAUCGACGCUCCUAGCACUCUCCACGGCGGCGCCAGCAGCGGUGCGGGCAAUCGCCGCUCUGUCAUCCGAAAGAAGCCUCCGCGCGGCCACUAG